AUGAGCACGUCUGCAGUCAAUUCCACCAUUCAUUCCUGCACAUUUUUUCUCCGUUCAGAUCUCAACUCUUUUGGAUAUUUCGAGGACAAUAUGUCGGCAAGCCAAGAUGAAUCGCGCGACAAUUUUGCAUCAAAAUUGGCACGGAAGCUCUGGCGCAGAGAUGUCGCAGAUCCAAAUCCACCUGCUUUGACUCGUGUGUACGCGCCUCCGGAAGGUCCUGUGUGCAUGGAUAUUGUAUUUGUGCACGGGCUCGGCGGAACAAGCAGAGGCACAUGGACUGGAGGAUCCUACUUUUGGCCGGGAUCGUUGGACAAGAACGAUCCACUCCAGAUGGCCCGGGUAUGGACAUUCGGAUAUGGAGCCGACUUCAAGAAAGUCUUCAAAAAGUCUGCUGCCGGAAUCUAUGAUUUUGCCCUUGAGCUUCUAUGCCAAUUGAGGGAUAACGACGAAAUUUGUGGAAGUGAGCCGUCGCUACCUUUGCAGAAAAUCCGAAGUAGGCGAAUUCCACUUGUGUUUGUGGCUCACUCGAUGGGUGGCCUUGUCAUCAAAGAGGUAACGUCAACAACCCCUUAUUCGUCCACCCCCCUUAUUCGUCACCCCGCAUCAUAA